AUGGACUGGCUCCUUUUCUGGAACAUUGGCCUGUUGAUCAUUUUAAUGGUGGUGCUGGAGGUAAACAGUGAGUUUAUUGUCGAGGUGAAGGAGUUAGACAUUGAAAAUGGCACCACAAAAUGGCAGACUGUCAGAAGACAAAAGCGGGAGUGGAUCAAGUUUGCUGCAGCCUGUCGAGAAGGAGAGGACAACUCCAGGAGGAAUCCAAUUGCCAGAAUUCGAUCAGACUGUGAGGUGAACCAGAGGAUUACAUACCGCAUUUCUGGGGCAGGAAUUGAUCGACCACCUUAUGGAGUGUUCACUAUUAAUCCUCGGACUGGAGAAAUUAACAUCACUUCAGUGGUGGACAGAGAGAUAACUCCACUUUUUUUGAUCUAUUGCCGGGCUCUGAAUUCACGGGGUGAAGAUUUAGAAAGGCCUCUUGAGCUUAGAGUCAAAGUUAUGGACAUAAAUGAUAACCCUCCAGUCUUUACACAAAAUGUGUACUCAGCCAGCAUUGAAGAAAACAGUGAUGCAAACACACUGGUUAUAAAGUUAAGUGCCACCGAUGCAGAUGAAGACAAUCAUCUGAAUUCUAAGAUUGCCUAUAAGAUCAUGUCUCAGGAGCCGGCAGGGGCACCAGUGUUCAUCCUGAACAGGUACACUGGAGAAGUCCGCACCAUGUCCAGUUUCCUUGACAGAGAGCAACACAGUACAUAUAACCUCCUCGUGAGAGGCUCAGAUCGAGAUGGAGCUACAGACGGACUGUCCUCUGAGUGCAACUGCAGAAUCAAGGUUUUAGAUGUCAAUGAUAAUUUCCCCACUCUGGAGAAAACUUCUUACUCGGCAAGAAUCGAAGAGAACUGUUUAAGUUCAGAACUGAUACGGUUACAAGCAAUUGAUCUUGAUGAAGAAGGCACUGAUAAUUGGUUAGCAAAAUAUUUAAUUCUCUCUGGAAAUGAUGGGAAUUGGUUUAAUAUUCAAACAGACCCACGAACCAAUGAAGGCAUUCUGAAAGUCGUUAAGAUGCUGGAUUAUGAACAAAUGCCUAACAUUCAUCUGAGCAUUGGAGUUAAAAACCAAGCUGAAUUUCACCACUCAGUUGCUUCCCAAUUCCAAAUGCACUCAACUCCUGUGAGAAUUCAGGUUGUUAAUGUGAGAGAAGGACCCGCAUUUCAUCCAAAUUCUAUGACCUUCAGUGUGCGAGAAGCUAUCAGGGGAGAUUCCUUACUGCAUCACGUGCUCGGCACAUACACAGCUGUGGAUCUGGACACGGGAACCCCAGCGACAAACGUCAGGUAUAUCAUAGGACAUGAUGCAGGCAGCUGGUUAAAAGUAGAUUCAAGGACUGCUGAGAUACAGUUUUCUAGGGAAUUUGAUAAGAAGUCAAAAUAUAUUACCAAUGGGCUAUACACAGCAGAGAUCCUGGCUAUAGACGAUGGUUCUGGGAAAACAGCAACCGGAACCAUAUGUGUCAAAGUUCCCGAUGCCCACGAUUACUGUCCGGUUGUUCUUGUUGAAAGUGAAACCGUCUGCAUCGCCUCCCCAUCCACCCUCAUCUCUGCGAGAAAUGUCAACGAUCACUCUUACGGGGCUCCCUUCACCUUCUGCGUCGUGGACCAGCCACCAGGGUCAGCUGACUUAUGGGACGUCAGAUCCGUGAAUGCUACCUCCGCCAUCCUGAUGGCUCAGCAGCCUCUGUACCCCACGCUGUACCACAUCCCCAUCCUAGUGAAGGACAGCUACAACAGGGAGUGCGAGCUGCCCCAGACCGUGCAGCUGCAGGCCUGCGACUGUGAUUAUGACCACACGUGCUUUUACACUAGUACCAUGGGCCUCGACACGGGCGUAACCAGUGACACUGAGGUGCUUACCACUGACGACCGGGUUGGGGGCUCAAACGUCGGUCUGGGCCCGAUGAGCAUCAGCAUGGCUGCUCUGGGCCUCUUACUGCUGCUUCUGCUGCCGCUCAUGCUGCUCAUGUGCUGCUGUAAGAGAAGACAGCCGGAAGGCCCAGGGACCAGGUUCGCGCCCGUGCCUGAAGGGGGAGAAGGCGCCGUGCAGCCCUGGGGGAAAGAAGGGGCCUGCCCCGAGGACCCGGAUGUGUCAAAUAUAUGUGCAUCUACGAUGGCCUCCAACACCCAGGAUCAUAUGGAUUCCUCUGAGAUCUACACUAACACCUAUGCAGGCGGAGGAACGGCUGAAGGUGGUGUAUCGGGUCUGGGGACAGCCACUGCCCCGGUGACCAGAGGAGCAGUGGCAGCAGCGUGGAGAGGGGCUGCCACGGCAGGAGCCCACUGGGAAUGCGUGGACACCGGCCUGAACAUGGCUUUCCUGGACAGCUACUUCUCAGAGAAAGCCUAUGCUUAUGUGGAUGAAGACGAAGGCCGUCCAGCCAACGACUGUUUGCUCAUCUACGACGGCGAGGGGGCUGGGUCUCCCGUUGGCUCCAUCGGCUGCUGCAGUUGGAUCCUGGAUGACCUGGAUGACAGCUACAUGGAAACUUUAGAUCAGAAAUUUAGGACUCUUGCCGAAAUCUGCUUAGACAGAGAGAUUGAACAAUUUCCUUCACAGCUGGCCUGUAUCCCCAUCAGUACCGACCUCCCUUUGUUUGGGCCCAAUUACUUUCUCAACGACUCUUCAGGAGUGACUCUCUCAGAGGCUGAAUUCCAGGCAGAAAUGGCAGCACCAGAACCCAUGGUUCCUGAGGACAUUGUAGUGACCGAGAUGUACACCACCACUGACCAGUGUGUGCAGCCCACUACGACUGUUUUCGAUCCCCAGCUUGCACCGGGCGUUGUAGUGACGGAAACGCUAAUGGCGCCCGUCUAUGAAGUCCGCGGGAACAUUUGUGUACCUGCUGAGCUCACCCACACACACAAUGUAAUCUACACGGAGAGAGUGCUGUCCGGUCCUGCUAUGACCGACAUGGGCAGCAGCAGCUUAGCUGAUGGUUGUAUGGGACCUGUGAUGAGUGGCAGUAUUUUGGUAGGGCCAGAAAUUCAAGUGACACAAAUGGUGAGUCCAGACAUUCACAUAAGCCAAACCAUUGGUUCCACAUCACCAAUGACAUCUCAACAGAGAGUGACACAGUAUAGCAACAUGCAUUACUCCCAACAGUAA